UACGCAGUUCCCGUUACGCACGCGCUCUGUGCGCGUUCUCGCGUGUCGUGGGUCGAGAGCGUCAGCUGGAAGGGGAGAGGAUGAAGCGUUGCUGUUCCUCGAGGGUAGGAGUGAUGCGUGCGCUUUUGCCUGGCAGAACGAUAAUAGGUUAUAUAAAGGCACCGGAGACGCGAAACGGCCAUCAUACCAACUGGAGACAUGAUCCAAGAUUACCACUUAAGCAGAGCACAAACUCAAUAAGUGUACAGGACCCUCACUGUCCUGGCUGUGCCAAGCCGCAAACAAGCUGCGGACAGUCAGUGCACCGCGCGCAUGGAUUACAAAAGAGCCACCAUGGACUUCAUGCACAACCAGAGCACAACCAGCGCGCUGAAAUCAUCCUGGCUCUAUUAGUAACUUCACAUUUGUGUGUGUAGUGAAUGCAUUUCUGCAGGAAACGCACAACGCGCUGUCUUGCAUGGCGAGGUGAAGCUUUACGCAUUGUAUCACGUUUUCUUCUGGACUGAGAACAUGGGCUCGCUUGGCACAAAAGUAUGCGGUGUAAAUUACACAGAAGUCGCUGAUGCGCUCCAACCAGAUGAUCCGUUUUCAGGACCCGUGAAGUCCAUUGCGCCGUGGAACUUUAAAGUGUUGGCAGCAUGGAUGGUUGUGAUCACGUCGCUUUCUCUAUCCGAGAACUUUCUGGUUAUGUUGGUUACCUACAAGUUUAAACAACUCAGAAAGCCGCUGAACUUCGUCAUUGUUAAUUUGUCGGUGGCAGAUUUUUUCAUGUCACUUAUCGGUGGGACUUUAAGUGUUGUCACUAAUUACCGUGGCUACUUCUUCUUGGGCUCCUGGGCGUGCGUGCUGGAGGGAUUUGCCGUCACUUUUUUCGGUAUAGUGGGUAUGUGGUCCCUGGCUACACUUGCUUUCGAGAGAUAUUUUGUGAUCUGCCGUCCUCUGGGAAAUGUCCGUCUGCGAGUUAAACAUGCAGCAUUAGGACUGCUGUUUGUCUGGACCUUCUCUUUUAUCUGGACCAUCCCACCUGUAUUGGGCUGGAGUAGCUACACAGUCAGCAAGAUUGGCACCACCUGCGAACCCAACUGGUACUCUGGUGACCUGCAUGACCACACUUUCAUCAUUACUUUCUUUCUCACCUGUUUCAUCCUGCCUCUGGCUGUUAUCAUUGUGUGUUACAGCAAGCUGCUGCGCAAGCUAAGAAAGGUGUCCAACUCUAAUCGCAGGUUGGUGAAUGCCCGGAAGCCUGACCAGCAGGUUUCGAGUAUGGUGGUGGUGAUGAUUGUAGUUAUGGUAGCCUGGACACCAUAUGCACUAUUCUCUAUCACCGUUACAAUUCAUCCUACCAUAUACUUAGACCCGAUACUAGCUUCUGUUCCUGCUUUCUUCGCGAAAACUGCUGCCGUCUACAACCCCAUCAUCUACGUCUUUAUGAACAAACAGUUUAGGAAGUGCCUGAUUCAGCUGCUCAGCUGCAGCAGCAACACUACAGUGGAGAUGAACCAGUCCACAGACCGAGCAGGCAUGACGGGUGAGAGCAACUCGGGCGAGAUGUCAGCCAUAGCUGCCCGAAUCCCUGCAGCUAGCACCUCUUCACCGAAACCUAACGAGGAGCACAGCAACUCCUGCUCCUACAGCCAGCUGCCCAUCCCAGAAAACAAAGUGUGCCCUAUGUAAUUGAGCAAGACACAACUCUAAUUCAAACUCAAACCCAAAAGGGCUCACUGAACAUCUUUUUCCAGGAUUCUGAGUGUAUUACCUUAUCAGCUAUAAAACCUGAUGAUCAAUGAGCAGCAACAGCUUUAACAAUGCCAGUUCCCUAUCAACAGCAAUAGCUUGAUUUUAACAAUAGGUGUUCUAGCGGUAUUCUACACUAUUUAUUUCACAUUCAAGUGUAACUAGUGAUAUGAGAUAAUUCUAUCUUUUUUCCCUUGAUAUUUUCAGAGUCUAUCCAAUGAGUUAUGAUAAAUGCUAUAAUCAUGUGACCAGUAUCACUAACAAGCCAAGCUCCUUUAAUCAAAUAUGUUCUUUUUAUUUGUUUGUGUAUUAUUACAGUCAAGUAAUGGCACAGAACUGGUCAAAGGUGGGGAGUUGGGGGCUCUUAGGACACAGUGACUACUUAAAAAAAAACUGACUGUGUGUGCAAGUGAGAGAGAGAGAGAGAGAGAGAGUGUGUGUGUGUGUGUGUGUGUGUGUGUGUUUGUUGUGUAUACAGUAAUAGUGUAGAAUUGUUAUAAAAUGAGUUUAUUUCUAACAGUCUAUGUCAUGUCUCAUGUCAGGAUUUUAUGUCAAUGAUCAUGAAUGACAAAGUGUAAGUUUAAGCAGUAAAAAAUAAUUAAAUUAAACAUUUUCCAUCUGG